GAAGAAGAAGCUGCAGCAGCUGAUGUGUUAAUACUAAAGUCUUUCCACUUCUCUUGUCAAGAGCCAGUGGUUUUGGGCUUAAUCUCCAACAACAGUGAGGCCACCUACCUUGAUAGGGUGGAGAAGCUGGGAACCUGAUGCAUGGCUAACUGCCAUUGUACAUCACCAAAUCCAAAGAGCUGGUUGUGGACUUCAGGAGGUGGCAGAAGCGGACCUACAACCCACUCAGGUUACAGAUGCAGCAUAGCAGUUUAAGGGUGAGGCAGAGCAGUUUAAAGAAUCUCCACUCCUACGAUCCUUCAUAAUGGAAUCGGAAGAUGUGGGAAACAUCACACCUUUAGAUCUAAAAGUCAAGAAGAACCCAAUCAUCACAAAGGAAGACGAUGAAGAUGAAAGUUACCUCUGUGCAGGAACAUCACGCCCUGAGGGACCGGGUUCUCCUGCAGACCAACACAUUAAAAAUACCCAGACGACUAUUGUGAAAGAUGAAGAUCCUGAUAAUCACGAUGACUUCAGAAUAAACUCCAUCUUCUGCUGCUCCUUGUGCCCAUUUUCCUAUACGACCCAGAAUUACCUUCACAAGCACAUUAAGAGAUGCCACCAUGAGCAGUAUGGGACACUAAUGAACACCUCUCAGGGCCAAAAGCAGAAGGAAACGUAUCUCUGCUCAGACUGUGGGAAGAGCUUUGAUUGCUGGAGUUCUCUCAAAAUCCACCAGCGCAUUCACACGGGAGAAAAACCCUAUCAGUGCUCAGACUGCGGGAAGAGCUUCAAUCAACAGAGUCACCUCAAGAUUCACCAGCGCAUUCACACCGGAGAGAAACCGUAUCACUGUUCGGAGUGUGAGAAGAGCUUCAAUCAGCAGAGUUCUCUGAAAAUCCACCAGCGCAUUCACACCGGAGAGAAACCGUACUGCUGCCUGGUUUGCGGCAAGAGCUUCACCGACCAGAGCGCUUUCAAGAAACACCAGGGCAUUCACACCGGAGAGAAGCCCUUUCACUGCUCAGACUGCGGGAAGAGCUUCAAUCGAGAGAGCAGUCUCAGACUACACCGGCGCAUUCACACCGGGGAGAAACCGCAUCAGUGCUCGCAGUGCGGAAAGAGCUUCAUUCAACAGAACGAUCUCAAGAAACACCAGCGCAUUCACACCGGGGAGAAACCCUACCACUGCUUAGAGUGUGGGAAAAGAUUCACCGACCAGAGUUCUCUCAAAAAACACCAGCGCAUUCAUAUCGGAGAGUAUCGGUGCUCGCAGUGUGGACGCAGCUUCGCUUAUUUAUCAACAGUCAAGAGGCACAAGUGCGCCAAUGCGGUGCCAUCGGAUUGUGCCAAAUUAUGCCUGAAGGAUAAUCUGACCUCAUGAAAUCACACAGUGUGUCAGACUAGGACAGGACAUGUUCAAGUUCAUACAGUGUGAUGAGUGGUGUAUUGAUAAGAGCACUGAAAUCACACAGUGUUAGCAUAGCAUGAGGAGUGGAGGGUAUUGUAUUAUUUAAAAACACUUUAGACAUUUCAGAAAAAUAAAUAAGCUCAUGACA